AGUUAACAAUUUGUCAAGUUUAUUUAUGUGGGCGUGUAGCCUACAUGCUUCUGGAACCUAAAACCAGUUUAACGACUCUAUGAAGUGAUUCACUUUCCAAGAAAUGUAAAAUAAAGGGAUGGCUGGCAUCGUAAAUCCGUAGUUCUCACCGACACCUUGAUGUGGUUCUGUGGUUGUGGUCUACUGAAAUUCUAUAAGAUAGUCAAUUUAUUGUCGACGAGUCAGCGUGGAGAUAAAGACGAAGCGGGACUGAACGAAAGUGACUGGAUUGACCAAACAUGAAGGACUCUUUGAAGGAUUUAAAUAUCACGGAUCUGGCGUCCGUGGCAGAGAACGACAACUUGGUUAUCAUGUGCAUAAACAAGCAACGCCACAGUUCUUCGCCCUCCUCCACCGAGGAGAACGAAAGCGACAGAUUUAACAAGCGGAGAGUUAAACUGAUCGCGCAGGAUUUCCCGAGAAAGAGCGGGGAGAUUCUCAGUGGUCAGUACGGGAUUAAUUUGCUCCUGUUCGGAGGUGCGUUGAUGCUGGGCGUCUGGUACCACGGUCCCUCCGUCAAGGAAUGGCACUUGCAGUCAUUUAUCGUGACACUUAUGAUUAUUCAACUACUGUGGAUGCUAUGGUAUGUCGUUCGAAAGGACCGACAGAAAAAUUCCCUUCCAGAAAAGGAUUCGCACGCCGGAACGCGCUGGCUAAGAGGUGGGCUGACAAUUCUUGCUCUGCUUUCCCUGAUCAUGGAUGCUUUUCGCAUUGCUGUUUACGUGGGUUAUAAAGAAUGCCUAUCGCCCACAUUGGUAGUUUAUCCUGUCCUCCACGUACUUCACACAGUAUCACAGGUGUAUUUCCUUUGGUUUCACAUCAAGGACGUGAUUAAGACUUUUCAGACCUUUGAAAGAUUCGGAGUGAUACAUGCCGUCUUUACGAACUUGCUUCUAUGGUGCUAUGGGGCGAUGUCCGAGUCCCGGCACUUUCUGGAAGCCCAUGAAAAACGCUUGGCUGCACUGGGUUUUAUCAACUAUACAGGAGGACACGACAAGCUGCAUUGUGAGUGUACCAUCAGUGCUUGCUCCAUGUUCUCAAAUAGCCUGUACUACCUGUUCCCCUUCAACAUUGAGUACCACAUCUUUGUCUCCGCCAUGCUGUUCGUCAUGUGGAAGAACAUCGGCCGCACCAUCGAGCCCCUGCACAAGAGGGUGAGGCACAGGCCGAAGUUCACAGGGCUGGUUUUGGGCCCCGUCCUGGGCCUGGUGGCCCUAGCCGCCUCCAUCACCGUCCUGGUGAUAUACCUCAUCCAGGUGGAGGAAUCACUGGAGACCCACAGGGCAGCCAUUUCCAUGUUCUACUGCCACGGGAUCACCAUGCUGGCCUGCAUGUGCACGGCGGGAAUCAUCGGCUUGGUCCUUUACAGGAUAGACAAUCGGCCCCUGGACGCCUCCAAGAACCCGUCGCGGAAGUUGGACACUGAGCUGCUGUUUGGCUCAUCCCUGGGCACCUGGCUAAUGUCCUGGUGCAGCAUAAUUGCCGCAGUAGCUGCCCAUAAUAACCCAAGGUACCGCUGGAUCAUCCUGGCCUACUCUCUCCUGCUUAUCCUGGAGAAGUACGUCCAGAACCUCUUCAUCAUCGAGUCGCUGUACCGCCAGCAGGAGGCCAUUGAGGAGGCAGAGGAUGAGGACGAGGAGGAAGAGGCACCUUCCGGAAUAUUCUCUGUGUCCUCCCAGGUUCCACCCCGCAGUGGCAUCGUCAACAAGGGCUUUGUGAACCAGGAGAAUGUGUACAACUCCUUGGACCGCAAUCAGAUGAAGAAUGGGACUAUGGUCCACUCCAUCCAGGAUCAGGAGCACCACCAAGUGCCUGCACUACAUGUAAUUCAAAGUAGGGUGGGAACGCAAGACAGGACGAGGCUAAUUCUGAGGAACAUCGCCAUAUUCUUGUUCCUGUGCAACUGUUCGCUGUGGCUGCUGCCGGCGUUUGGCUGUCGGCCCCAGUACGACAACGGGAUGGAGCAAGAGAUCUUUGGAUUUACCAUUUGGACCAUGGUGCUGAACUUUGCCAUGCCCCUCAACCUUUUCUACCGCAUGCACUGUGUGGCUUCUCUCUUUGAAGUAUUCCAGCAUGCGUAAGCUAAGUCUGCUCACAAAAUGCACAAAAAAACAUGUACCACUCUACCACUGCCGGGUUUUAAAUGGGAAUAUCUCCUCAUUGUGACAGGUAGUUCUGAAUAUGGUGGGUUUACUGGUGGUGAAGUUCACAUUUUUGUUUUCAAAAAAUGAAAUGUAAAAUAUUAUUGGGCAUCAUUGUUAGAAGUGUGUUACAGAUGACUGCUGGUUUGCCCAUCCCAAUCAACCACCAUUCUUGUAUGCGGAUGGAUAUCAUAGUCUGCUGUCCAAGUUGGGCCCUGCCAGUACAGGCUGUGACCUCUACCGACAGGGACCUGCAGGGCAGGACGCAAUUGGCCUGAAGGGAGGGAUCACAGUUGGGUGGAACUAUGUGACCCAUUACUGUAACCCAACUUUUGGUCAGUCAGGCACCUUCAGUUUUCCUGAACAAGAUGCACAUUGGUGUUCUCCUCUAACCCAGCCAGUGUCUGUGCCUAGCUGGUGGUCAGUGCAGUGUCUACUAUUCACCAGUGUGAUUACAUGUAUUUUAGAGGAGAGUAUGCAUGUGUUUGUCUACACCAGUGGUUCCCAAACUCGGUCCUGGGCCCCCCACUGUGUAUACUGGUUUUCGUU